UAUGUUCGCUCCCUGCUGAAAGGUGGUUGCUAAUAAACUUACUUGGGGUGCAGUAAAGCUUCUUUAUCUACUUUGGUUGUACUUAUCGAUUCAGAUACUGUAUUUAACAUGAAGGACUAUGGACGCAGUUCCAAUUCCUUAAAGUCAGCUGAAACUAUGAGGCUUAUUGUCUCCAUAGGUUGUGGAGUCAUGUUUGGCUUAUUCAUUGGAAUUUCAUUUCCUACUAGCUCAUUAACCAAGCUAAAUAUAACAGCCAGUUUUGUAAGCAGCUUCCCAAUUGGUAGAGACAAAAAUAAUAUCGUUUCAUCCCAAAAUCAAACAGAUUCGUCGAUCAAAAAUCAGAAUGCUACAGAUCAAUUGAAGAUUUGGGUCCCAUCAAACCCAAGAGGGGCAGAAAGAUUACCUCCAGAUAUCGUUUCUUCUGAGACCGACUACUAUCUCCGGAGAUUGUGGGGAAAUCCCAGUGAGGACCUAGAAGGCAAGCCAAAAUAUCUAGUAACAUUUACUGUUGGUGUUAAGCAGAAGCAUAACAUUGAUGCUGCUGUAAAGAAGUUCUCAAACGACUUCACAAUUCUUCUUUUUCACUAUGAUGGUCAGACAACUGAAUGGGAUGAAUUCGAGUGGUCAAAACGAGCCAUCCACGUGAGUGCUCGGAAACAAACAAAAUGGUGGUACGCGAAAAGGUUUCUGCAUCCAGACAUUGUUGCCGCAUAUGACUAUAUUUUUAUCUGGGAUGAAGACCUAGGAGUUGAGCAUUUUGAUGCCACGGAGUACAUUAAACUUGUCAAGAAGCAUGGUUUGGAUAUUUCACAGCCAGGUUUGGAUCCGAGGAAAGGAACAACAUGGCCAAUGACAAUUAGAAGAGAUGAUGGUGAAGUUCACACGUUUACAAAAGAGAACCCUGGCGGGUGCUCAGAUCCUCAUUUGCCUCCAUGUGCAGCAUUCGUAGAGAUCAUGGCUCCCGUCUUUUCCCGAGAUGCAUGGCGUUGUGUAUGGCAUAUGAUUCAGAAUGACUUGAUCCACGGUUGGGGACUUGACUUUGCCCUUCAUAAAUGCGUCGAGCCUGCUCAUGAGAAAAUUGGAGUUGUAGAUGCUCAAUGGAUUAUUCAUCAAACUGUCCCUUCCCUUGGAAAUGAGGGGCAAGCAAAAGAUGGGAAGGCUGCAUGGCGAGGGGUGAGAGAGAGAUGUGAAAAGGAAUGGAAAAUGUUUCAAUCUAGGGCAGAAGAUGCAGAGAAAGCCUAUUACAAGUCAAAUGGAAUUGAUCCUUCCAAUUUCACUUACUGGUCAAAUGGAAUUGAUCCUUAAAUUUCACAUCUCAUUAAGUCAACAUGGUCAAGUUGAUGAUACACAGUCUUGGCAAUUUUGCCUAUAGUAGUCAUAAUUUUUAAGAUACAUCAAUUCUUUUAAAUUGAAGAAUCUAAUAGAGCUUCUUCAAUAGAGUAUUACAUGAUUACAAAUGUACUUAUCUAAAUAAGUUUAAGAAAAGAUCGGUGAUAUCACCAGUCAUUAAAGGUGUACUACUCUAUAAUUCUCUACAAGCAUACUACAUAGGGCUGUUCAAUGAAUAAAGGCAAAGAAAAAGAGUUAAAGU